AUGACCCCUACAGCUUCUUUCACAGCUAAUGAAGCUGGAAAAGGCCAGUCUUGCAACUAUUCAACAACAGAAUAUUCUUUGACAUCAGAAAGUAAAACCAAAGAAAAUAAUUCGGACAAACAAAAUCAGAAGGAAGGCACUCAAAAAGAAAACCAAAAGAACGAUAAAAACGAUUAAAACUGAAACUGAAAAAAUCAUGCAAAAAGCGAGCUGAACAAUUUACCGCAAGCCAAGUCUCCCGUAUUUUCACCUUUGGUUUAAAAAA